CCAGCGCCCUCGCCGCCCGGGCACCAUGGCAGGGAAGGCGGCCGCCCCCGGCACGGCGGUCCUGCUGAUCACGGCCAACGUGGGCUCCCUCUUCGACGACCCAGAAAACCUGCAGAAGAACUGGCUCCGGGAGUUUUACCAGGUCCUGCACACGCACAAGCCUCACUUUAUGGCUUUGCACUGCCAGGAAUUCGGAGGGAAGAACUAUGAGGCCUCCAUGUCCCAUGUGGACAAGUUCGUCAAGGAACUGCUCUCAAGUGAUGCCAUGAAAGAAUACAACAGGGCUCGUGUCUACCUGGAUGAAAACUACAAGUCACAGGAGCAUUUUACGGCACUGGGAAGCUUUUAUUUUCUUCAUGAAUCCUUAAAAAACAUCUAUCAGUUUGACUUUAAAGCCAAGAAGUAUAAAAAAGUCACUGGCAAGGAGAUCUAUUCAGACACUUUGGAGAGCACACCCAUGCUGGAGAAAGAGAAGUUCCCACAGGACUACUUUCCUGAGUGCAAAUGGUCAAGAAAAGGCUUCAUCCGGACAAGGUGGUGCAUUGCUGACUGUGCCUUCGACUUGGUGAACAUCCAUCUUUUCCAUGAUGCAUCCAACUUAGUGGCUUGGGAGACCAGCCCCUCGGUGUACUCUGGCGUCCGGCACAAGGCCCUGGGCUACGUGCUCGACAGAAUCAUCGAUCAGAGAUUUGAGAAAGUUUCCUACUUUGUGUUUGGUGACUUCAACUUCCGCCUGGAUUCCAAGUCUGUGGUGGAGACACUGUGCACAAAGGCCACAAUGCAGACUGUCCGUGCUGCUGACACCAAUGAAGUUGUGAAGUUGAUAUUUCGGGAGUCAGACAAUGAUAGGAAGGUCGUGCUCCAGCUGGAGAAGAAGCUCUUCGACUACUUUAACCAGGAUGUCUUCCGGGACAACAAUGGCACUGCGCUCUUAGAAUUUGACAAGGAAUUAUCUGUGUUUAAGGACAGAUUGUGUGAACUGGACAUCUCAUUCCCCCCCAGCUACCCAUACAGUGAGGACUCCCGCCAGGGCGAGCAGUACAUGAACACACGGUGUCCUGCAUGGUGUGACCGCAUCCUCAUGUCCCUGUCUGCCAAGGAGCUGGUGCUCAAGUCGGAGAGCGAGGAGAAGGUCGCCACCUAUGACCACAUUGGGCCCAAUGUAUGCAUGGGAGACCACAAGCCUGUGUUCCUGGCCUUUCGAAUCGCGCCUGGGGCAGGUAAACCUCACGCCCAUGUGCACAAGUGUUGUGUCGUGCAGUGACGUGGUGGGAAGAGGUACCAGCGCCAUGAGAGGGUCCUCCAUGAGACCUCCCUGUAGCAGCGUAUGAAGUUGUCCUCCUAACAGCUGCACCAUCGGAACCCGCCCAAGCAUCACCUGCUAGUCGGCCGGCCCCACACUUCGCUUCAGCUUCCGGACCUCCGGAAAGCCUCACAUACCUCACUGUCGUGUCUGUUCAUGUGACAUUAAGUAGACAGAUUGGGUUUUUUAAGUAAGUCACAGUCCUAUUGCCAAAACUCUAGUAGACAGCAGAAAGCCUGUUUAGAUUUCAGUUUUCCAUUUUUAAUGAUUAUCUGUGGAGGAGCUUCUCCAGUCAGAGCCCCUGUGUCCAGCGUUCCUCUCUGCCAGGAGGAGUGUGCAGGCACCAGCCCAGGCAGCAAGCUGCUUUGUGUGUCCAUGCCUGAGGCCCGAGGUCUGACUCUACUGCCAUGUUACAUGGCGUCUGAAUCACACUGCAGCUGCUUUCCAUUUUUAUAUAUAUAAAUACAUAUAAAUAUAUACUUUUUAAAAAUAAUUUAUAAAUCUUACCAAACUUAUGCCGAAUAUACUUUCCUGUAUGAGUGCACGAGUGUCCUACGGCAGGCAGGCAGAACCACAGUCUAGUUGAGUGGCACGUGGGUCAACACGUCCCUAAGUCAGAAGACCGAGCAGUGCCGGAGGGCAGGAGGGCCCUGCGGCAACCCCCUACUAGCAGCUUGUCACUCCUCUGCCUUCUUUUGUGUAAUAUUAAGAACGGAAUGUGAAGUUUAUAGCUAGCCUGGGUGUACCUUUUAAGAAUUUUGUAAAUCGUUGUGUCUCUUUUGUUACCAUUUUAUGGUGCCAAGUAUCCUACAUUAAAACCAUAGUCUCGCGGGAGAUUUAGAAGUAGAGUCGUCCACUUCCCACAGAUCGCUUCUGCCAUUGGCUGUGUGCAGAUGUGGCAGAGAAGCUACAGGGGCAGCGCCUGUACAAAGCCUGUUGCCCUUACUGUGCUCCCAGCACUGAGCACUGCGGAAGGCACUCGCAUUGCCUGCUGAGAGGACAGUGUGUAUCUGUUGAUUUACUUCUGAACACUACAGCUCCUGGACUGGUGGGGCCGAGGCAUGCCUUCUUGUUGAUUUCCCCCAGAAAGCACUGAAGGCCAGCCUACAUCCUUGGCGCUAGUGUCUCUGUGAGUGUCCUGUCCCCAGCGAUUGUCUGUGGGUCUCAGCUGUGGGUCCUACCUGCAAAGGCCUUUGGAAGUGACUGCUCGGUUCCUAAGCAAUAAAAUUGAUCCUGGUGAAACAGUU